AUGAGCUUCUUCAGUUUCGGACAAAAUGCGGAGAUCGACGUGGUGCUCAACGACGCCGAGACAAGAAAAAAAGCAGAGCACAAGACUGAGGAUGGCAAAAAAGACAAGUAUUUCCUCUUCUACGACGGAGAGACCGUCAGUGGCAGGGUCAACGUCACACUCAAGAGCCCCGGAAAGAGACUGGAACACCAGGGCAUCAAGAUUGAAUUUGUCGGACAAAUCGAGCUGUAUUACGACCGAGGGAACCACCAUGAGUUUGUUUCCCUGGUUAAAGACCUGGCAAGGCCUGGUGAGAUGACCCAAUCUCAAACAUUCGACUUCGAGUUUACUCACGUGGAGAAGCCCUAUGAGUCAUACACGGGCCAGAAUGUCAAACUAAGAUACUUCCUUCGUGCAACAGUAAUCCGAAGACUUAACGACAUCAGCAAAGAGUUGGACAUUGUGGUUCACACGCUCAGCACGUAUCCAGAACUCAACUCUUCCAUUAAAAUGGAAGUUGGCAUCGAGGACUGUCUCCACAUUGAGUUUGAAUACAACAAAUCCAAAUACCACCUUAAAGAUGUAAUUGUUGGAAAAAUUUACUUCCUUCUGGUGAGGAUUAAGAUCAAGCAUAUGGAGAUUGACAUUAUUAAGCGGGAAACCACUGGUACGGGCCCAAGCGUGUACCAUGAAAAUGACACCAUCGCCAAGUAUGAAAUUAUGGAUGGAGCACCGGUCAGGGGUGAGUCCAUCCCUAUCCGGUUGUUUCUCGCUGGCUACGACCUGACCCCCACCAUGCGAGACAUCAACAAGAAGUUCUCAGUGCGCUACUAUUUGAACCUGGUGCUCAUUGAUGAGGAGGAGAGACGUUACUUCAAACAGCAGGAGAUCACACUGUGGCGUAAAGGCGAUGUGGUAAGAAAGAGCAUGUCCCACCAGGCCGCCAUCGCCUCCCAACGCUACGAGGGCUCGGCUGCCUCAGAGAGCGCGUUGGAGCAGUGUGCCAAAGAGGAAAGCGGGUCUGAGCCACACCUUAGACUGGAUCGUGGGUCUCCGUGA